AUGCUGCUUCUAAAUUCAAGUCUGCUGGAACAGUACGAUCAAACGUUCAAGAUGCAGCUGGAAAAUGAAAUAAUCGAAAAGGUUGAAGGCGAUAAUCCUCAAGGUGUGGUAAGCUAUCUUCCGCAUCAAGCGAUGCUUACACCACUUAGAAGCACCACCAAGCUAAGGGUAGUUUUUGACGCUUCAACAAAGACUUCUCAUGGAAAAUCACUAAAUGAUGAACUCUUCAAAGGGCGACCAUUCUGCCGGAAUUGGUCUGCACCAACAAGAUCGAGAUAUUGCACUAGACUCCUCUGGUUAAAAAAUAGAGAGGAACCAGUCAAAAGCAACAACAUACAGACAUACCGAUUUACGCGAGUGCCGUUCGGGUUAACAUCCAGUCCAUUUCUCUUAGUAGCAAAGCUGAGGAAGCAGUUAAAGCAAGAGAAUACGGAAACAGCGAAGGAAAUUUUGAAUAAUUUGUACGUGGAUAAUGUAAUGUUAAGAGCCAUGUCAGUAAAAGAAGCAGCGCAGAAGUACAGCGAAACGAAAGUAUUGUUCCAAAGUACUAAGAUGAUUAUUCGCGAAUUCGUCAACAAUUGUCAAGAA